AUGGGCACCUUUUUCAUUACCGCAGUGACGCGUGGAACGCGCAUGGAGGGUGUACCCCCCCCCCCCCCCCCCCCCCCCUUUUACGGUCCCCCCCCUCCCCCUUUUUUUCGCCGGAUCCGCCCGGGGCGGAUAGCAGCGAACGUCUACAGCAACCUCCAGCAACUUCUUCUUCUUUGCAUCAUGAAGUUCCUCGUCGCAAUCUUCGCCGUCAGUGCUUUGGUGGGAGUGUGCAUGGCCGACGGUUACGGCAAGCCAGCGUACCCGGCCGCCCCGGUCGCUCACCAUUACGCGGCGCACGCCCCGCACGUCAAGUGUGGCGCUAACCUGCUGGUCGGUUGCGCACCGCACGUCGCCCACGUUCCGUGCCAUCCAGUGCACGGUGGACACGCCAAGAAGGAGUACGGCCAUGCUGCCCCAGCUUACCACCAUGCUCCGGCCCCGGCUUACCAUCACGCCCCAGCGCCCGCCUACCACCACGCUCCGGCUCCAGCUCACCACGGAGGAUACGAGGCACCGAAGGCUCACGGAUACGAGGCACCGAAGGCUCACGGAUACGAGGCACCCAAGGCUCACGGAUACGAGGCACCCAAGGGCCAUGGUUACGAGGCACCGAAGGCUCACGGAUACGAGGCACCGAAGGCUCACGCUUACGGUGGAUACGGUAAGCGAUCGAGCGACUUCGAGGCUGCCGCAGAGAUGGAAGACUGAAUUACUCCCGAAAUACUGAUGAUUAGCUAAAGUGCUGUGAGUGUUCGUGCAGCGGCGACGGCAGCAGCACUUGUUACAAGUGUUGUGUGUGUGUGCGUGUGCGUUCCGCAGAAGAACGCUUGCAGUGGAUUGUGGAAACUACUACUUUUUUUGUAAUAAAACUACGAACGGUUG